AUGGCCGCGGCUUCGCUGCAAAAAAAUCACCAAACAGAGCUGACGAUGCCACGGUCCACCGACCUGACGGAGUUGACGGAGCAGAAUGAUCGUCUCCUUUGGCAUGACUCGGGCAAUGGCACGGCACAAGAGCCAAAGAUGGAAUGGAAACGAGUUCCGAGCGGCGCAGGCGAAGAAACGGUGAAGACUGUGCGCGUGAAACGCUGGUCCAGAUGGCUGGAUCAAAACAGGCAGGGCGCGUUGACUGGGCAUCAGGACCCAGUCCCAACUUCCGCACCUUUCCUCAAAGUUCAGGUUGGAUCUGUGCCCAAAACAAAACCAGCCAAGCCUUCCGUGGCCAUGGCGCUGGCCAUGGCGCGUAUGGCGCGCCAUGCUCUGGUUGGGGCUGCUGGUCCUUCCCGGCCUUCCCGGAGUCGCUUGGGGAUGGCAGGGCACCUGCUUUGUGGACUCGGUCCACAUGGCCCAUUGCUGCGAUCAGCCAAAGCGCUGCUUCGGCCCAGAGAAGAUCGACAGGUCCUGGGAGGAGUGGAGAUGAGCGGAGUCAAACAUGGAGUCAAACAUGGAGAGUGUUGUGGCGUUGAAUUUCAGCAGCUGUUGAUCAAGUCGGCGGCCAAAGAGCUUCGGAACGCAGAAGAUCUCAACACCUUGGGAGAAAUCUAUUUGCUCCUCGAAACGUUUCUAAAUUUCCUGAAUUACGACAAUGUCGAUGCAUGGGAGCUGAUUGCUCACACUGCGGGCAAGCGUGCGCUGGCAGAGUACAACGCCUUCACAUCCUUCGCAGAGGACAUGGCAAGUCACUUCGACUCGGAAAGCUUCAGGCAGCAGAAAUUCCAUGUGAUGAAGGAAAUCAAUCAUGCUGCCCAUUUGAUUGAAAACUUCUUCCAAGUUGCAUGGUAUGAUCAUUCCAGGCAGAUUGGCAAAUCUCCAGUUGAGACUGACAUCAAUGAAGUUCGGCCAAGAUUUGAGAAUGCCUUGAAGGUGUAUCAGGUGGUCCAAAACGCCGCUGAUACCUUGCUUUACGAUGCCGUGGCACGGUAUGGGAUGAUUCCGGGCACGCCACGGCUGUCGACGGCUCCGGAAGUUGUGUUGGUGCUCACUGUGGUGGGUCCUUGGGCUUCUGUAGGUAUCGUCACGUUUUGGAGCAUUCUGCGAACGCGAAGCACGCCACUCCGGGUUUUCAUCUUCGGCGAUCAAGCAGGAAUUCGAGACUGGCGAGCGAUGAUGCGCACAGUGAAGUCUGCAACUCCACACGUGAUGCAUCGUUUGCGAUUUGACUACAUCGAUAUUUUUCAGCACCCUCGUAUGAUAGCAUAUUUCUCUCGCUUGCCAUCGGAAUGCGCAGCAAGCAACAUGAGUAAAGCCUUGUAUGCUCGGUUGCUAUGCCAUGAGCUGUUGCCGCUGGAUGUCGAGAGAGCUAUCGCAAUGGACCUGGGAGACAUUUUGGUGUUUGAAGACAUACUUGGCCUGUGGGAAGAGGGUGAUCACCUCCAACCGGAUGAGCUUCUGGCAGCUGCCUCACAUCGUUCCCAGGAGGAGUCCCUGCGCCAAACGAAGCCCUCGGAGCUCAAUGGAGGAGUUGUGCUCUAUGAAGUCAGCCGCAUGCGGCAAGGGAACUACACAGAGGAUACCCUCCGGGCAGCAAUCAUCGGACUGGAGAAAGGUUAUCAGCACUUCUGUGUUUGGGACCAGGACAUCCUCAACGCCAUGCGGGAAGAUCUCUGGGGUCUAAAAGGUGUUCGCCUCCUGCCUUGUCGCUGGUCAAUCUUUCCGAUGGCGAAUUGGCAGUUCUUCUGGAAUACCCCCAGUUUCUGGCUUCGCGAGCUGGUCGAGCGACGCCGCUAUCCGGGCCUAUUGGCAGCGGAUCACUUCGAACAUUUCUGUCCGAAUCAUAUCUUGAUGCUGCACACCGUCUUCGCCUUUGAAAAAAGGGAGCACCGACAACUGGCGCGCAAUGUUGCCCUGGCCCAGGGCAUUCGAAACCAGCAGCCAGGAAGCAGCAUCAAGGCGCCAGAUGGGACGAGAUGUGCUUGCGGGGAACGAGCAUCCCUGCUUCAUGUGCCAUCAACUAUGAAGCUAUGGCCGUGGGUACAGCGAUUGUUUCGAUUUCAUAGCCCUUCCUUCCUGCCAGAAGUUCAUGAUGAAGCCUUGUUUCGAUCUCGUAAUGAGCAAGGAGAGGAGCUUGGAGGUGGUUUCUGGGGUUCUGAAGACUCCAAAGACUUGGAAAUCAUGAGACAAGGCACGCUUGAGUGGGCCCGGGACACAGGCUCUAGUGUGGUGAGUGGCAACUGUGCUACGACCCCAACUUCGCUUGGAAAUUACGCCCAUAUCGACUUUCCAAAUGGCCCUGCAGGAGAGGUGCAGAGCCUGAAGUUGAAAGCACAGACCAAUGCCAGUCAGGACGCACAUCUCUUUUUUGGCACAAUUUAUACAGUUCCAAACGGUCUCCAGUCCUUGGGUCUGGAAUUGGUCAUCGACGCCUUCGAAGGCACCAAGAGCAUCUUACGCUGGGGAAUCCAAGGGGAGGAGAUUGCCGAAUUCAGGGGCCGUAUCUUGGAACGUGGCCAGUGGACGAGCCUUUGGGUGGACAUCAAGAGUUCAGGCGAGGUCCAAGUGGCAGCUGGUGAGUCUGGAAACGUAUUUCUGGACAUCGCUCUGGACAUCACUGGGACCUACGACCUGACCCAUGGAAAGAUCUAUGCAGGUUCCCUGGGUCAGAAGCCCGCACAUUGGUUGCUUUGUCGGGAAUGA